AUGUCUGGUCGCGGCAAGCAGGGUGGCAAGGCUCGCGCUAAAGCUAAAACUCGCUCUUCUCGAGCAGGUCUUCAGUUUCCCGUGGGCCGUGUCCAUCGUCUGCUUCGCAAAGGCAACUAUGCCGAGAGGGUUGGGGCUGGCGCGCCUGUGUACUUAGCAGCGGUGCUGGAGUACUUAACAGCCGAGAUCCUGGAGCUGGCGGGCAAUGCCGCUCGUGACAACAAGAAGACUCGGAUCAUUCCUCGUCAUCUGCAGCUGGCCAUCCGUAACGACGAGGAGCUCAACAAGCUGCUGGGUAAAGUCACCAUCGCGCAGGGUGGCGUCCUGCCCAAUAUCCAGGCGGUGCUGCUGCCCAAGAAGACUGAAAGCCAUCACAAAGCCAAGGGCAAGUAAUAACGCGGAUUAGUUUAUAAUUGCAA